AAUAUGAUAUAUCUUGAAAAAAGAAUCAGAUUCUCAAAAGGAAAAAAAAAGGAGAAGAAAUGAAAUUUAACAUUUCGGUGAGGAAAACAAAGUUGGUUCGGAUAGAAAUAAAAGAGAAAAAUGGAAACUUUAAACUUACAAAAGAAAAAAAAAAGCUUUGGCCCUUUAACUCCACCGAUAUAUAAAAAAACGAAAAGGAAAGCUUCCUUUACCUCUGCCGGUAAAAAAAUGGAAAGUUUUACCGCGGGCACUGUAUAAAUAGACAACGUGGGGUGAGAAAGCUCCAUAUCUCAAACUCACUCCCCACAAACAUCUCUUUCAAAGUUUCUGUCCUAAACAACAAUGUCGACACAUCUCUCCCAAGAUCCCGGAACUGAAUCUCGGACUCGGUUUCUGAAUUUCAUGCGCGACUACCACACCGCCUCCGCUGCGCUGUCAGGUAUCGCCGACCUCAUCGGGAAAUAUGCGGAGGAGAAUCGCGAUUACGCCAAGAGAUUUCUCGAACAGGAUUUGCACGGCGACGAAACGUUCCUCGACGGGCUGAGGAUUUUGACAGAACGCGGCAGAGAUAUCACUGGGAAGUUGAACAACUGUCGGAACGACCUCGUCAGGAUUUACAUGGAGGCGGCAAAGAUGACGACUGGUUCUGUCAAAUCGUGGGUUUCUUACGCAGUGUCGAAGUUUCUGGAUCGGAAGAAGCAUUCCGAUCUGAAACAGGAAAGAGAGACAAUGACAAUGGUGAAGGGAGAUUUGCUAAAAGCAGUGGAGUACGUCAUCCAUCUCACCGUUAUGGUUGCGCAAUCUCAAUCGCAGGCGGAACGAAUGAAACAACUGAUGACGAAGGCCUUGCUGGAGCAUAUGAAGGAACGGUUUAACAAGGCCUUUCAGGAACUUACGAAGGAACAGAUUACCAAGGCCUUGCCGGAAUGAGUACCAUCUCUUACCAAA